ACUGCCAGUGUCUUGGCGAGGAUAAAUCGGCAGUGAAUAUAUCAUAUCAGGAUAUACAAGGUGCUUUUCUUGGCUUGAAAUGUGAAUCAUGAAUGCAAGAGGAUGGGAAAGAAGCUUGCAUUGUGUUGCGUAACGACCUACACCAGUCUACUGUAUGUAGAACUCGUAUAUUUUCUCUCGUGCAUAUAUUUACGUGGUUCUUGUUAUGAUUUGGCAGUUAAUUCAUGUUUAUAUGUGCCCUAAUAUUGCGUGAGAAGCUCAUUACUUGCUUCUUAACAGGCAUUUAUGCCUGGUGUGGUCCCCAAAACCUAUCAACUAAAUGCAGUGACCAGUGCAGUGUAUACUCCGCAGUCCACAGUGAUAGUUGUUAGCCGAGCCUCGCCCUACUGUUGUGCCAGCUAAUUAAUAUGGAAUUUUAUGAACAAGCACUUUAGUACAAAAUAAACCACAUCUGUAGAAAAUGGUGUACAAACUAAAAGAAAAGAAAAAAAAGGUUUUCUAACAGCGAUAGUUUUGAAGAAGGGUAAAACAAAUACCAUCUUAAAGAAGGAUUGUAAAGGACAAAUUUUAUAUUUGGAAAGGUUAACUAGUUACAUUUUAUAUCUUGCAUUAACUUCACAAAGAGGCUGUUGUAGACCGGACUAUCAGCAAAUCCUCACACCAAGGCAAUCACAGUUGGUGACUAGAAUGAAAGAGUGUGUAAGGAAACUGGGCCAGCGGGGAGGCCGUGGUUCCCUCCCCCACCACACCCUCCCCGCGGGCGCUUGCCGAGAUGUUACGCAAGGGUACCCACGUCGCCGAGCCUCUGCCGCCUGCUGGUUAUUCAAGAUCCACUCUCUCCGGACUCUAGUACCAAGCCAAGCCGCCUGUUGCGUGCCCUGUCCCGCCCUGCCGCUGCCACCACCUCCCUCGCUGUUGUCAAGCUGCCGUCAGUGUUCCCACCGCCGGGGAGAGACGUUUGUCAAGGUAGCUACGUUUAGAUACUGUCAAGUGUCGGAUGUCACCUGGAAGCCAGUGAUUAAAGGGUAGAGGAGGGAGGGGCUUGUUUUUACUAGGUUUGUAGCAGACUCCAUUUUCUUUCUCUUGUUUCUUUUAUGGUGGGUAGAGGAAUUGAGUUGCAAGAGUACAUUGUUUUUACAUUGUUAGUACUGGGACUAGUUUUGUGGUUGUUGCAAUGUUAGUAGUCUUAGUUAAGAGGGGUGUUAAGUUCUCAGUCUUUGUUCGUCACUUCAUGGGGUCCCAUUUUCCAUUUUCUCGUCUGUCCAGCUCAUGUUACGCGUCACACACCACACUUCACAUCUCCCCUCACAUCACUCGUCACUCGUCAACAACAUACUUAUCGCUUGCAUAAUUAUCACGCUUGGGUUAUGGUUCCUGUUAGUCAGUCAAUCAGUCGGUCAGUCAGUCAUUCAAUUAGUCACUCAGUCAGUCAGUCAGUUUCUCUUUUAUUUCUCCUGACCUCAUGGCAUGAUAAGUCAGCCUGGCCAUGUCAAGGUGGGAGUGUUGCAGUGGCAGCCCCACUUCUCCAAGGCCUUACCUUCACCCGUCACUCCACAAGCGUCGAGAGGCAAGCCGGGUGUAGGAAUAUGUGCCCGAGACUAGUUAAUGUUCAGAAAAACGUCUUCGUUUCAUGAAAGAAAUUCACUGCCUAAGUGGUUUAGAGUGUACCUAGAUGCAUUAUAUA